AUGGCCGGAGGGGCAGGAGGAGGGCAGGCGGGGGCGGCAGAGUUUUGCAGGAGUAGAGGGGGUAGCUAUGCAGAGGAUCUGGUGUGGAACUGGGACUCCUGUGGGUGGCUGGGUGGGGGUGGGGUACGUGAGUGUGUGUGGCUAGGGCCGGGGGGAGUCCGGGGAGGGGCCUACGGCGGGGGCGGGGCUGCCCUCCCGGGCCGCGGCGCGCGCGGGCGCUGGUGUGUGAGUGUGCGCGGGGGCGCGCGCGCGAGCCCGGGAGGAGGCUCCCGAGCUAGUGGGUCCUCGCGGCACAGCCCGCUCCCCGCGCCCCUAUGUGAGGGAAACGGGGAGCCAGCGGUGCGCAGGGGAGGGCGAGGCAUGUGCACGGGCCGGGGGGUGCUGCAGCCGCCCGAGGAAGAGGAGGACGGCGGCGGCGAAGAGGAGAGCGGGGGGCUCGCGGUGGCGGGCCCGGGCGGAGGGGAUGCAGCGGACUGUGUGUGUCUGGCUGUAGCUGACGCGAGGCGGCGAGGAGGCGUCGGAGACCCGCGUAAGGGGCGGCCAGGAGGCGGCGGCGGCCGCGAGAAGUAG